AUGGCCACACCAUUGCCUACUGUCCAUAUUGCACAUGUAUCACGAACGGCACGUCGACGAUCUCAAUCUAUAGCAGUACCAAAUAGAGAUCCGAAAGACAAUAUUCGAGUGCAAAGUAUUGGACGAAAAGAAUUUAUGGCACAAUUACAAAAAGAACGACUGAAACAUCAGAAUAAGCAUGAUGAACAAGAGGAAACUCACGACGAACAACAAGAUGAUGAAGAAAAAGAUCAUCGUCAACCAACAGGUAAUCGAUUAUCAAAGUCGACUAGAACAACAUCAAUGAGGAAAACGGCAACAUCGGGAAGGGUGAGCGUAACUACAGUGAAGAGAGAACAGUCAUCAAAAACUGCACAUGUACAAGAAGAUGAACAAAAUCAUAUGCAUCAAAUGCAAGCUACUCGUAUACCACAAAUAGAAUCAACAAUGUCAUUCAACAAAUCUAAUCCAACUCCAUUAGUACGAGCUAAUUCACAUCUUGAUUCAUCACAAACCUUAUCGAAUCCUUUGACAACAUCAUCCAUUCCUUUGAUAACAUCUAAUAAUUUCACGGCAAAAUCUGAAAUAUUCAAUCAAGAAUUUUUACUCAACGACGGCAAAAAUCAUCCACGAAAAAAAGAUGUUAAAGAUUAUAGUAGUAUCACAAUAAAUAAACAAGCAAAACACUACAAUGGUCCUGGUAUAGGACAAUAUGCAAGUUCUAGUGCAAGUUUUAUGAGUUCUAUUGUUGGGAUUAUGCUGGGUCUUAUUGCAUUUACACUUAGCCUUACUGCAUUGAUACUUGUUCUACUUCUUCGAUCGACUGUCUAUGCUAACUUAGCAACAAAUUCAACAACAUCAAGUUCAUCAUCAUCAGGAAGUUUGCCAUCUUCAUGUUCAAGUUAUACAACUAUUGAUGAUCCAACUCGAAGUAUAUCAGCAGCAGGUUAUGCACUUGGUUGUGAUAACACAUCACCAUUCAUUAAUCGAACAUUUCCAGUUUGGAUAAGAUUUAUAGGUACAGGUGGUAGUACAUUACCUUUACAAACACCUGGUAUGAAUCUAUGUGGUUCCGAAGGUACUGGUUGGUAUGAUGGUACAAUGCCAUCAUCAACAGGUGCAAUUGUAAAUGGUACUGCAUGUUUUACAUGGUAUAAUAGUGUAUGCCGAUUUUCUUCUAGUAUUAGUGUAGCAAAUUGUGAUUCUUACUAUAUCUAUCUUUUACCACCAGCACCAGCAUGUAUGAUGCGUUAUUGUACUAUUUAA